AUGACAGCUCGAGUUACGACAAAAAUACUUGAACAAGCAUUAAAAGAACGUUUGGAUGCAGUUGAAACAGAGGGUGUGGAAAUGCUUUUAAAUGUCAAGGUACAUAGAAAAUACCUACUUAUUAUGCCUUUUAAACUCUGUCAAGUUGUUUCAGAACGGUUCUACAAUAUGAAUAUACUUGCCCGACAUCGACUCGUAAAUACAGUGUUAAAAGAAGAAAUAAACAAGCUCCAUGCAUUUUCACAGGAAGACUACACACCAGAAGAAUGGUCUAAGCUACGACAAAAUGUCCCAUCAAAAUCAUAA